AGGGGCAGACCCAAAAUGGGCAGAGAUUUUGCAGCGAGAAGGCGAGUCGGGUGCGGAGAAAGCAGCCGAUCCUGUUCGUGCAAGAAGCUCCCACAAGAAGUUUCUUCACCCCACAGAGGAUGCACAGACCCAGCCUGCAGAUUUCGCUAUAAAAUUCACACAGCUCUGUCACUUCAUUGUAGGGUCACCAUGGCACGGACCCUUCAGCUGUUUUUGGUGCUCUUUUCUCUUUUUGCCAGUCUCCCAGCCCAAGAUGUGGCUGGCACAAGGCCAUGUUCAGAUAAAAUCAAGUGCCCAAUCAAUGUGUUCUUUAUCAUUGACACCUCUGAAAGUAUCAUCCUGCAGACUGCUCCCAUUGAGAUUUUGCUAGAUAACAUGAAAGUCUUCAUCCCAAGAUUCCUUGAUAAGUUGGAGGAUGCUGCUUAUUUGGACCAGGUUACACUCAACUGGCUGUAUGGAGGGCUGCAUUAUUCUGACGAGGUGAUCAUAUUCAGCGACAUUACUACCAGCAAGCAGGAGUACAAAUCAAAACUUAACGCAGUCAACUACAUAGGACGUGGUACUUUUACCGACUGCGCCCUCUCCAACAUGACUGCCCUGAUUCAAAAGCAUGGGGGCGAUGCUAUCAACUUUGCAGUGGUCAUCACAGACGGUCAUGUAACCGGCAGCCCCUGCGGAGGAAUGAUGCAUCAGGCAGAUCGUGCAAGGAACGCUGGUAUCAAGCUGUUCUCUGUAGCUGCCAGCCAUGAUGUGUAUGAGUCUGGCCUUCGGGAGAUUGCUAAUACACCCUAUGAGCUCUUCCGGAAUUCUUAUUCCCUGACCCGAGAAGAUGAUCGUACAGUUAUCAAUGACAAAACCAUUGAUAAAAUCAUUCAAGUCAUGAAACAUGAAGCUUAUGGAGAGUGCUACAAACCAAGCUGCCUGGAGAUUCCUGGCCCACCAGGUCCCCAUGGACCAAGAGGACAAAAGGGUGCCAAGGGAAAUGCUGGAUUACCUGGAGAUCCAGGAGAGAAAGGACGACAGGGAGAUCCAGGUAUUGAAGGACCAAUCGGAUAUCCUGGUCCCAAGGGAGUUUCAGGCCUGAAAGGUGAAAAGGGAGAUUAUGGAGCAGAUGGAAGGAAGGGAGCAGCAGGAGCUCACGGAAGAAAUGGGACAGAUGGACAUAAGGGUAAACAAGGUCGUAUCGGUUCACCCGGCUGUAAGGGAGACCCUGGCAAUAGGGGACCUGAUGGUUACCCAGGAAGCCCCGGAGACAUAGGAGAACCUGGAGACAAAGGCCAAAAGGGUGAUCACGGGCGACCUGGACGUGUCGGACCACCAGGACCCUUUGGAGAAAAGGGAAAUAAGGGCCCGGCUGGUAAUGCAGGAGCACCAGGAGCCCCAGGACCUAAAGGUGCUAAAGGGGGCCCUGGAGGACCAGGACCAGAGGGAGAGCCAGGCCGCAGAGGGGACCCUGGUAACAAGGGGGCUUCAGGAACUGAUGGAGCUAAAGGAGACAAGGGAGAUCCAGGCCCUGAGGGCCCAAGAGGACUUAUUGGAGAAGUUGGCAUAAAAGGAGCAAAGGGUGAUCGUGGAGGCCCAGGACCUAGAGGGGCACAAGGAAAUGCAGGGGUCCCAGGCAGGAAUGGAUCACGUGGAGACCCAGGAGACAUGGGUGAGAGAGGAAACCCAGGUCCCCAAGGACCUAAGGGAGACAGAGGCAGGCCAGGCAUCAGUUACCCAGGUCGCCGAGGUGAAUCAGGAGAUAAGGGAGAAAAGGGUCUGCCUGGGCCGCUGGGUGGACGAGGAGACUUUGGCCUCAAAGGAUCUGCUGGACCCAACGGAGUGAAAGGAGAGCCUGGGGAACCUGGCAUAACAGGAGAGCCUGGCAAAAGAGGGGAACCCGGAGACCCAGGAAGUGAGGGUGAUGUCGGACCACCAGGUGAUUCAGGCUUGACAGAGUGUGAUGUUAUGACCUAUGUCCGAGAGACCUGCGGAUGCUGUGACUGCGAGAAGCGCUGUGGGGCAUUAGACAUUGUUUUCAUUAUUGACAGCUCUGAGAGUAUCGGAUACACCAAUUUUUCACUGGAGAAGAACUUUGUUAUUAAUGUGGUGAGCAGGCUGGGGUCCAUUGCCAAGGACCCGAAAUCAGACACAGGUGCUCGUGUGGGAGUUGUCCAAUACAGUCAUGAAGGUACAUUUGAGGCAAUUCAACUGGACGAUCCUCGUAUUGAUUCGCUGUCUAGUUUUAAGGAGGCAGUAAGACGUCUUGAGUGGAUCGCAGGAGGCACAUGGACACCAUCGGCUUUGCAGUUUGCAUACAACAAGCUCAUCAAAGAAACUCGUCGUGAUAAGGCAAAGGUGUUUGCUGUGGUCAUCACUGAUGGUCGCCAUGAUCCUCGUGAUCCAGAUGAACGCCUUCAGGUGCUGUGCGGUGGGGAUGUAGAUGUCAAUGCCAUCGGCAUUGGUGAUAUGUUUAACAAGCCAGAAGAAGACGAAACACUGACCUCCAUUGCUUGCAACAAUAAGGGGAGAGUGACAAAGAUGAAACUCUUUUCUGAACUUGUAGCUGAUGAAUUCAUAGAUAACAUGGAAGAAGUGCUUUGCCCAGACCCUCAGGUUGUGUGUCCGGACCUGCCAUGCCAAACAGAACUUUCAGUCGCUCAGUGCACACAGCGUCCUGUGGAUCUAGUGUUCCUCCUGGAUGGUUCUAUGAGAACUGGAGAGCAGAACUUCAAGUAUGCAGCGGGUUUUGUGGAGGAAGUGGCUCAGAGGCUGUCUUUGGCAAGAAGGCAUGAUGAUCCUUCCAAUGCUCGAGUAUCUCUAGUGCUGUUUGGAGGACAGGACAAACAAUCAGUGGGGUUCCCUCUGGCCUUUGACCUUACAGAGGUUUCCCAAGCCAUAGAAAAGCUGCGGUAUAAUGGAUCAUCUUCUGUCAUUGGACCAGCGAUCAUUUAUGCCAUAAACAAUGUCCUUCAAAACAGUGGCCGUCCAGCAAGACGCUAUGCAGAACCAUCUUUCGUCUUCAUAACUGAUGGAGAGACUGGACCAGAGGGACUAGAAGAAGCAGUUACUGCCAUGAGGAAAAAUAAUGUAGUCUCGACUUUAGUAUCAGUGGGACCUGAAGAUUCCAUUGAUAUGACAGUUUUGAGGCAACUUAGCAUGGGCGAGAGGGCAGCCAUCUUUAGACAAAUUGACUACAGCAAACUGACUGAGAAUAGUUUUAUGGAUAGAUUCAUACGUUGGGUGUGCUAGGUCAGAGAGGGAAACAGAGAGCUCAGAAGAGAGAGAACCAGAUGAGUGACAUACAUUCAUAACUGACAGAUACAUUUGUAGAGAGACCUAAGGACAGACAGAGACUCACACACGUAUGUUUUAAACUGUAAAUGUAAAGGCUGUACCUUUUUUUUGUUUAAAUUGGAUGAGUUUCUAGUCAUAAACUGAACUACUCCAAAGACUCAUAGCUGCAAAUUGUUUUUUGUAGUAGUUGAAACCUUCUUUGAGCUUUCUUAUCUCCCUUUGCCAAAGAUUCCAUCAUAAAGGCAUAACGGUAAUGCACUAGUGUGCACACACCAGAACACUCACACACACAUACACACACACAGAUACACACACACACACAGAUACACACAAACACUCCUACAUACAGACACCCACAAAUACAAAGGUCCAUUCUCAGGUCUGUGCAAGCAGCAUUGCUUUUUAUAUCUGAAUCAUUACAGUAUUAGGUUUUUUUUAACAUCCUAAAGUGAAUGACACAGGAAUAUUGACACGUGGUGUCAGUGUCCCAAACAAUGUGUCACUUUCAUGUGGUGCUAAGUUCAACUCACGUGCUAUGGUGUCCUGUAUCUCAGACCUGUGGGCAGGUGGCUACCGUUAGGAAGUCACAAGGUUGAGUGUCAUUGCAAGUUAGUAUUGGGUUGUACCCAAAUAUAAAUGUGUCACCAUAAAAAAUGUUCCAGAGAUUUGGAUGCCCUGUGACUGUGUUGGAAUUCCUUUUUUAUAAUAUGAAUAAAAACGACCAGUCGUCCACUUUA